AUGGCUGACACUGGGCUCCAGCCACUUGCGAUAGGGAUAUCGAUUGCAGCACCGUGUUUUGCGUUCGUCUUCGUCUUACUACGCCUUUACAGUCGUUACUUCAUCACCAAAAAUUUAGGCUGGGACGAUGGCCUCAUCGUAUUGCCUAUGGUCCUAGCCAUUGCCCAGGCAUAUACAACAGUAAUGGGAAUCAAGUUGAAUUUCAUUGGUUACCAUACAAAAGACAUUCCCUGGGAUCAAAUGGAUACCGUCCUUGGAGCCAAAUAUAAUUAUGCCACCCAGCUAUUAUACAACCCCAUCCUGGCUCUUGUCAAGAACGGGAUGCUUCUUUUCUUCCUGCGUGUCGGCGGCAGUAUCGACAACUUACGGCUUUUUAUAAUUUUCAUCAUAGUUUUGAACACUUUGAUGAUGGUUUCAAUCUUCUUGAUCGACCUGCUCCAGUGCAUACCCAUCCAGAAGACUUUCUAUCUCAACACCACGGGGACUUGCAUUAAUGUCGGCGACUUCUUCAUUAGUACCGCGGCGGCAACAAUUCUCACAGACAUCCUGGUUAUAAUCAUUCCAGUCUGGAUAACGUGGAAUUUGAAAAUGAAGUUGAGGAAAAAGUUGGCGGUCAUUUUCCUGCUGUCAAUGGGGUUAUUCAUAUACCGCAUGUAUUAUCUCAUCAAUGCUUACUAUGGGGAGCCGAACCCGGAUUCGACGUAUGGUGUAGGGGGCACAGCUUCGAGUAUCGAGGUGAACUUGGCCAUCGCAUCAGCCUGCGGUCCUUUCCUCAAGCCUUUGAUUUUGCACUUCUUCCCCAGCUUCUUUGAACGCGAUUCGACAAAUCGGUAUUACAAAUACUACGAAGACAAUCGCCGAGAUGUCAUGUAUCGAGGGAAUGUGGCAAAUUACUCAGCAUCCGCAUCCGCAGCCGCGUCAGUUAGCCGAUCGAAACCACCGAGGAGGCUUUCUAUAAGACGGAAGGAUGAAACCGGUUGUUACGACCCUGAAAUCGAGCUCCGCAGCCCAUCAGCGAAGACUUCCAAAAGCCUGAGACGCGGCAAGUCUACUAGGGAGUCAGUGCUGCCAGAGGACGAAGAGGACGACUCGUCACAGAGGCGGAUGGUGGCAACUAUGGAAUUUAUGGACAUGUUCCCUGAGCGCAAACAAGAGCCCGAGAACAGUGGAGAAGGGCAAUGGCUGAAGAGCGGCAUCAUGAGAGAGACCAGCGUAAACAUCACGUACUCGCCCAAGUACAGCGACGAAAAUCUACCCAGUACAAGGCCCACUGCGCCUGGGUCGCCAGUCUAG